UUCUUUAAACAAAACUUUUCAGUGGGACUGCCUGCCUGCUUUCCUUCCUCUGCUGUGUAGGACCCAGACAAAAGGGAGUUUGAAGGAGUCUCACAUACUUUCACCUGAAGCCAAGGCCCAGAACCAGCUGCCACAAUGUCGAGCAAGCGCGCCAAAGGGAAGACCACCAAGAAGCGCCCUCAGAGGGCCACCUCCAACGUCUUUGCCAUGUUUGACCAGUCUCAGAUCCAGGAGUUCAAAGAGGCAUUCAACAUGAUCGACCAGAACAGAGACGGUUUCAUUGACAAGGAGGAUCUUCACGACAUGCUCGCCUCUUUGGGUAAGAACCCCUCUGAUGACUACCUGGAGGGGAUGAUGAGCGAAGCACCGGGGCCCAUCAACUUCACCAUGUUCCUCACUAUGUUUGGUGAGAGGCUCAACGGAACAGACCCCGAGGAUGUGAUCCGCAACGCCUUUGCCUGUUUCGACGAGGAGGGCUCUGGUGUGAUCCACGAGGACCAUCUGAGAGAGCUGCUGACGACCAUGGGCGAUCGCUUCACGGACGAAGAAGUGGACGAACUGUUCCGCGAGGCGCCCAUCGACAAGAAGGGCAACUUCAACUACGCGGAGUUCACCCGCAUCCUCAAACACGGCGCCAAAGAGAAGGACGACGAGUAGAGAGGAGGGAGCUACUGCAUCAAACCCCCGCACACAUACAGUAUAUAUCUAUCUGCAGACCGCAAGAGAGGGGGCGGGACUACAAGUGGGUGGGACUAUAAGCAAGUGGUGGAGCUUCAAAUAUCCGAGAAGCUAGCAAAAGAUAAGGGCGAGGGUAAAGGUUAGGUCAUGGUUACGCCACUUGUGAGAGAACUACAAGUGGGUGGAACUAUGAGCAAGGAACUGCAAGUUGUCCAGAUACAGGUGUAGCCCCGCCCACUCAGAAAAUCCCACCCCUGUCUUGCACUCUGCAGACAGACCCCUCCCCACACGUCAAUCCCAAGCUUCUACCUUUGUAAACCUUGUAGAUUUGAAAGAAAUUGAAUAGGAAUGCAUGUAGGAACACUGUAACAAGGAUUUUUUAAAUUGUGUUGCCGUAUAUUAGAGCUAUAUGUUUAUCAGAGGUUGAAAUGUGGGAUUCAAAUAAUCUAUAAUAAACUAUUUUUCAGUUUUUAUUCAUUAUUGAAGGUUUAAAUCCAUGAAGAGAGGUGUAUCACAGUAUCUGCAUCUCGUGGCGACAUAUUUACUGCGACUUCAUCUACUUGGACUGCAGCUGCUCUGAGCUUUAAGGGGAACUUAGUUUAAAAAAGCAUUAACACUGGUAUGUGCGCGCGGCUGUUGCUUGGACUGCCAGAUUCAGAGCUAACAUACAGCUCCAGCCAUGUUUACCUCUUCCUGCCAAUUAGCUACCACGCCUGCACAAGCACUGCAACAAGUCUCCUGCUCUGUUAAUGUCUGUGUCCCUGUACGUUGGAGGAAAAUGAUCAGUAUGUUGUUUGUGUCUUAUGACCUUUUUGACAAUCAAACGUGGUGAGUACUUCAGUGUGAUACACACACACGCAUCUUUCUCCCAUCGACUGGUUGUGUGUAUUUGUUGAAGGAUCAGCUGUGUGUGUGUGUGUGUGUGUGCUGUUGAAGGAAACAGUCUUGAAAUUGCUCAAGCAAAUAAAGGAAGUUUGUUCAUACCAUUGACAGCAAAAAGUGCA